CCAGCAGCAGCUCUUAAUGGGAUGACUGUUUUGAAACUAAUCAGCUCCUCUUAUGAGGGCGCUGAAACAUUUAAAGGCUGACAGCUAAAGUGAGUAGUAUGAGAGCAAACACAGAACAGAUCCAGUAAAAGUGGAGCGGUUUUUUGAGGUAAAAGGGCAAACACUAAACAGGAAGACAGCAGGAUCUGGACAAUCUCUCCUCUCUGCUUCCCCUCCCUUUCUUCUCAGUUACAUAACUCCUCACUGUCAGGAGGGUCAUUUCCCCGCCUGCACUCUCUCACAGAAGUGCUCUUUUGCUUUUAAUGCGUCUUAACCGGGAGAUUAUAAUGAGCUUGUGGAUUGUCGUUGCUCUGGUCGUGUUCAUUGGGGUAACUGGGAACCCCAAUAGGACGGAUAGUCCUGAGGCUGACACGGCAGACAUGUUGGCUCAUCCUAACACAGUGCCAGAGCUCACAGAGGAGGAAACAGAAAUCCUGGGGCAGCAAGACCUGCUCCUUAAAGUGGAUGCUGAGGAGGAUUUUAUGGCCACUGGAGAGCUGAACCCCAAUCACUACCCGGCUCAGCGGGCGGCCAAAGUGGUCCAGCAUUACCUCAACACCCGCUAUGGCUCUCCGUACAGGUUGUUUGGACUGCACAGGGUGCACAGUGGAAAUGCAGAGGAUGUGGCAGACUCUGGGAGAAAGUAUCACCUGGAGAUCACUGCGCAGGAGAUAAUCAGCAAUACUACAGAGAAAUGCUCUGCAGAGGUUUUGUUUCCGAGGGUCGAGCAGCAGGGCUCAGCUCAGGUCCAGGCCUCCUGUGAAGAGCUCCUUAAAGUCAACAUUACAGCUCAGGAAGAGGCUUUAUAUCAGCAAUACAAGAACAGCCCGAACCUGGUUUCUUCACAAUAUUUACCUGACAGCCAUGGUCACAUUGAUCCGGACAUGAGGCCUUUCUGGCACCUGGGCAUCGUGGCCUCCAGCUUCAUCAUGCUGAACGAAUCCACAGAAAACACCCUCUACAACAUGGCUCAGGUUGCCAACAUCACACAACAGGCGACUGAGAAUGACCAGCUGAAGUUUGACUCUCACAUCCUGCUGCAUGACAUGGUGUCCCAGGAAAUCAUUCACUGGAAACUGCUGUUCACCUGGUCUCCUCCAGAGGGCGUUAAAGUGCUGAAAAUGGAGAAGCUGCCACACUGCCAUAACUGUGAAAAACCUCCAGAGAUAAACUAAAGUGCCAACAUUUAUCACACUGCUGUAUCAACCAAAAAAGCUUUGCAAAGCUCCAUUUGUACUCAAGCACUAAGCCAAUGAUGUCUCAGCACAAAGUUUUAAACUUCAGACGGAUUAUAUCGACACAAACCAAAUGAAUCCACCAAAUAUAGUGAGGUUGUUCUUAACUGUUGCUACUUUUGUGAUACCUAUGGUUGCUAUUGUUAUUUCGCCUGAAUAAACUGUUUAAACAGA